AGCCUAUCCGCUCACUUUAUUUGCCACAGUGAGACUCCGCCUCUUUAUCCAAAUCACGUAUGACGUCGGCGGAAGUCAGCGCCGCGUCUCCUCUCCCGACACAUAUUCAUAUUUAAAGCCCUGGCUUCAGGAACAGGAGUAGCGGAGAGACCGAGCGACCGUCGGAGCGUUUCAGUGGAUAAACACACGGAGUCAGCGGCUGACACGAACCGGCGAGGUGCGACUCCACUUCAGGGCUUGAAGCUGCAGCCUGGACCAAAAAAAACCACAACAACAUCUCAUAACGACAUUUAUGAAGCUUUCAAGGCCUUUUGAUUAAUCAUUAAUCGAUGGGGAUUUUCAGAGGAGCUCCGCCCACCGCCGCCACCACUGCCCACCCCUCUCUCGCCCCCAUUUCCCCCGGCGCCCCCGCCCGCUCCAUCCUCCAGCCUUCCAUAUUAAAAAUGACUCUGGAACUCACUGAAUGGUCUUCUAUAUGGAUUUUUACUGCCUGUAAUAGACAGUAAGAAAAGAGGGAGAAAACCUCAAUGACAAAAAAGCCAUAAUCACUCCCUCUCACACACACACACACACACACUCACACAAACACACACAGGCACACAUAUACACUGACCAACAUACUGAACACACAAACACACCUGGAAUGUAUCGCACACUCUACCUGUGAAAUGUCAACUGCUUCCUUCACUUUCGUGAUUUUCUACCAGCGUUUUGGAAGUCUGAUUUUGUCGGGGCGAAACUACACGUCAAGAGGAGAGUUAAAAAAAGAAACAUUUUAAAUGGGAACCAUUUUUGGAUGCUCUUUAGGCAGGCAUCUGUGUUGAUGAGUGAAAACAGACACAGGCCUAAAGCUGAGAUUGUUUAUCGAGCGUAGUCCUUGUUCAGUUUCAGACGACCUCAGUGUAGAUUCAUUCUGUUACCUUGUUUUGAAGCGAGUUAGGAUUUUAUUCCAAUGGUUUAAGUCUUUAACGAGUUCUAAUUAAAAGUAACAACCGCCGACUGGUUGUAGGUUGUUAAUGAUUGUAGUUAAGUUACUUCUAGGAAGUCGACUCUAGCUAUUAUAGAAUUAUAGAAGUGACUUGUUACAAGUUCUUUGUGGAAACACAGUUGUUUUUUUUUUUUGCAAGCCCCAGAUUUCAGUGUUAGGAAGGAUACGCUUUCUCUUCCGGUGGCUUGCAUGCCAUCCAUCAUGCCUCCCCAGAACACAGGGGCUGAAGCUAUGCAGGUUGGAUCUUUGGUGGGCGGAGCUAACAACAAAAACUCAGCGGCAUCGGGGAUGGACGUGGAAGAAGGAGGAGCGGGUGGCGAGGUGGACGGAUCCGGAGGAGGACGCGGUGGGGAGGAGUCGGGGAGCGAAGGAUCCAUAGAAGGCAUUCCUCUGAAGAGAUGGCUGAUGCACGGGGCUGUGAUGUUUGGCAGGGAGUUCUGCUACGCCAUGGAGACGGCGCUGGUGACGCCCGUAUUGCUGCAGAUUGGUCUUCCAGAACAGUACUACAGCCUGACAUGGUUCCUGAGUCCAGUGCUGGGCCUCAUGUUCACUCCUCUGAUUGGCUCCGCCAGCGACCGCUGCACUCUGCGCUGGGGCAGGAGGAGACCCUUCAUCCUGGCUCUGUGUAUAGGCACACUGAUCGGAGUGGCUCUGUUUCUGAAUGGAUCACUGAUAGGUUUGUCAAUGGGCGACGAGCAAGGGCGACAACCCAUCGGCAUCGUCCUCACCGUACUGGGAGUCGUGGUGUUGGACUUCUGUGCGGAUGCCAACGAGGCACCAAUCAGAGCGUAUUUGCUGGACGUGGCAGACGCAGAGGAGCAGGACAUGGCGAUCAACAUCCAUGCAGCCUCAGCAGGUCUCGGUGGUGCACUGGGCUACGCUUUGGGAGGUCUGGACUGGACACACACGUUCCUCGGACAAGCCUUCCAAUCCCAGGAGCAGAUCCUGUUCUUCUUCGCCGCUGUCCUGUUCAGCGUGUCUGUCGUGUUACAUCUCUUCAGCAUAGAGGAACAGCAGUACUCACCGCAAAACGACAGAAUCGACCAGGAGACGCCCGAACCCAACAACCAGCAACUACCAGCUAAUGGACGGACUAGUCUUCUUGCUCCCAAGUUGGAAAUGAUCGGAGAGGACGAGACGUUGGACAGCUACGACCUUUACGACCCCUACGAAGAUGAACAAUCAGAACGAGAAGACAUGGACAUGGAUUUCCUAGAGGUGGAACUCGUGAGAAGUAAAAGUGACAGCGUUCUGGCCAUGGCAGACUGCACCCUCGACCACCUGGACCAUGAUGGAUUUUUCUUGUGCCACCUGGAGCCCUCCAUCUUUGCCGACCGCCUCUCGCCAUAUCAUGUUUCACCACCUACCACUUCCUCCUUCUUCAACCCCAACCACGUCGACCCGCACGCACGCUUCACCAACAUCAGACGCAGCAGCAGUGCAGGAAGCCAAGACUUCCUCCGCCCCCAGAACACCCAGCACCACCACCAGAUGCACUCUGGCGCCCCCAAGACUUCCCGCUUCUCUGCUUGUUUGCAAGAAAUGGAGAACGAUGAUGGACAGGAGGCGCUACUCAACAACCAGCUCAAUGAGCAGCGGACACUGAACGGGCGGCUGCUGGCCGGCAUCGCUGCCACUGAUGGAGUUAACACCAAUAGAAUCAGCUCCAAAGGGCAGGCCCACAGAGCUGGGAUGGUCAAAGCUGCCAGUACAGGAUCCUCCAUGAGACACUCUCGCCACCGUCACACCUUCUACCGUCAGCCGUCCUGCACCUUUUCCUACUACGGUCGGAUAGGGAAUCAUCGUUACCGCUACCGCCGGGCCAACGCCACCUUUCUCAUCAAGCCUUCCCGCAGCAUGAACGACCUGUACGAUGUGGAGGCCAGACACAGAAGAAGGAGCAGGCAGAGGAGCAGACACCAAAGUGGGAACACCAACUCGUCCAGUGGAGACACGGAGAGUGAAGAGGGCGAGGUGGAAACCACAGUGCGCCUUUUAUGGCUCUCCAUGUUCAAGAUGCCUCCAGAGCUUCUGCGCCUGUGUCUCUGUCACCUACUCACCUGGUUCUCUAUUAUUGCUGAGGCUGUGUUUUUCACCGACUUCAUGGGACAAGUCAUCUACAACGGAGAUCCCACGGCUCCUUUAAACUCUACUCUGCUGGAUAAUUAUCACAAAGGCGUCCAGAUGGGCUGCUGGGGCCUGGUCAUUUAUGCUAUGACUGCAGCUACGUGCUCAGCGAUUCUUCAGAAGUACCUUGAUAACUUUGACCUGAGCAUCAAGGUCAUCUACAUCCUGGGCACGCUCAGUUUCUCCAUAGGAACGGCUGUAAUGGCAAUCUUCCCAAAUGUAUAUGUUGCCAUGGUGAUGAUCAGCAGCAUGGGCAUCAUCUCCAUGAGUAUCUCCUACUGUCCUUACGCUCUACUGGGACAGUAUCAUGAAGUAAAAGAGUACAUCCAGCACAGUCCUGGUAAUUCUCGGCGGGGCUUUGGCAUCGAUUGUGCAAUCUUAUCAUGUCAGGUGUACAUCAGUCAGAUCUUGGUAGCCUCAGCUCUUGGUGCGGUGGUGGAAGCUGUCGGUAGUGUACGUGUCAUCCCCAUGGUGGCCUCUGGGGGCUCCCUUCUUGGAUUUUUCACCGCUUGCUUCUUGGUCAUGUACCCAUCUCCUAGCAACGGGGACGGCGACUCGGCCAAAGCCCCAGAGAAAAAGGCCUUAACAGCGCUGGAAAAUCCCAACAGUGGCAAAACGUCUGCAACAGUGGUGAUAGAAAAACCCAGCUUCCUGAAACUCAGCAAGGAGGGCAAGGCCACAAUUACCACUUCUUCCUGUCACAACGAAAAUGAGUCUGCUCUGUAAUGGGCUGGAGGUUGUCCACAGAUCUGCUGCCAAAAGGCAAAUAAAUAUCCUCAUCAAUGCUGUGAAAAAGCAGUCACAGGGUUGUCAGAAGAAAAAAGUACCUUUUGUACAUCGGAGUUUUGAUUUGCUGCAGUAAAGAAAUCCAUCUGGACCGGGACCAGUGUCAAAACUGACCAACAUGCCCUACAAAAAAAAUCCUUCUGGUCCCAGUUCUGCUGCUGCUUUGUUUCAGCUGCUGCUGAAAAUCCCUUCCACUGAACUCUGGUGUCAGUCAGAGGCGAGCCUCACUCACAGGUCAUGGUUUUUAAAGCAACACUAUGUAACUUUCAGGAUCCAAAAACAAAGACCUCACUACCUGAGACCUGGUUCAGACGUUCAUAAUCCUGGCAUUCCUCGGCUUCUGGAACCAAAAUAUUUCACUUUUUCAUAAAGAAUAAGAGAGCUAGAACUUUUAGAACUUUUACUAAAUGUUAAGAUUCCUGUCUGCACUUGAUGUGUGAGAACAAAGCCACUCACCAAAGUGCCACAGUGCAACGUAAAAGUCCUGGAGUGGGAAUAGAAACAAUAACAUUCUUCCUGAUUAUGAAGAAGUUACAUAAUGUUGCUUUAAGAUGAGUUUUCUUUACUGUCUCAGGGCCUCUAGGGGUCGCUACAGUGCAGCUGCUUGGGCAGGAACCUUCAGGGAAUUCACACACACUUCAUAGACUUUCAUAUUCACAGAUACACACACACACAGACACAAACCACUUCAUCUGAUUCAGAUGAACACCUGAAAAUGAACGCUGGUGACAAAGAAGCUGCAGUCGUUUCAACAAAAUAGUUCUUCCUUUGGUGUGGAGUGAGUUCUGAGUCUUCUUACGGGAGUCUUCUUAGACAACCGUGGAUGAAAGUGUGUGUUUGUGUUUUGGGUCUAGACCGGAGGCCCAGUGAUCACCAAACUCAGCUCUGCAACAGAAGCUUUAAUAAGAGACUUUUUGGAAGUGGCAUUUUUCAAAAUAAGAGCCUGAAGCCUGUUUCCUGGGAGUGAAGUUUUGUCUUUUCAGCAUUCACUCCAGGGUCAGAGUUAUGUUGAUUGAAGAUCUCUUUUUGGUGAGUGUGAAGUUACAUUGCUGUUGUACUGAGACAGUACUGAUGUAUACAGCGUGGUAUUACAGUAAACAAAGAGACAGAAUGCAAUAUCUGCAGCACACAGGGCAUUACCAUCCAAAAAUACUAUUUUCUUGUGGACUUAAAAAAAACAGAUUACAAAUUAGACCAACUUUCAUGCUGCAGAAAAAAAGACAAACCAAAAUUUGUCACUCUUUGUUGUUGUUUGUUACUAACUGCACAUUAGUUGAGCCUUUGUUGAUGAAAGUGCUGCAGCUUUUUGUUGACAAAAAAUGAUUAUGAACUGGUUUGAAAUUGUGGUUAUUUGGUUUUUGACUGUCUUAUGUAACCGGCAGAGUGAAAAAGAUAUGUUGAGUUUGAGUGGCUGCCGUGAAAAACAAACUCCUGUGUUUGGUGAUAGAAAUUGUAUGGGUUUUUUUAAGCCUCAUUGAAGUUAACUUUGUGGCAAAUUAAAGGAGGUGUAGGUGAGAUUUUGACACUUUAUAAAACGUGUUCUAUUUGCUUGGUGGUUUGUUGGAGAAGACAGGUCGCUUUCACUUUAACAUCUGUAUUAGAGAACACGUAUCGAGCUAAAGUUGCUUAUAUUUUGCGCAUUCUGUCCUCUGACGAUAAUGUCCGACCACAGACACUGAUUUUUUUUUACAUCAGAACGUUAAAUGCUGUGCUUCUACUGUCAGGUGGACAGAUAUUAUUACUUUUGGACAGUUCACAGCUGGCUGGUCUAUUGUUUAGAGUCUUAAUGCCAAGUAGCAUGCUAGGCUUAGCUACAGCUUCAUAGUAAACAUGGUGAGAAUACAGUCCCCAGAACAAACAGGGACAUGUCUGCUAAAGAGACCGCUCAUGUUGACUGGUUCUUGGAAUGAUAUUUUGAGCAAUUGUCAGAGAAAAGCGUAGAGUAAAAGUCUGCUGCUGUUGUUCUUGCCUAAGAACUUUCGUCUCUCUAUUUGAUUCACUGAACAGCAGAUGGCGUUGCUAAAAAUCACUUGAAUUCCACAGCUAAUAAAAACAGUGAAAUUGUAGCGUUAGCUGUUUUUCUGAGGAGCAGGUGAAACUGCUGAUGUCAGCUUUACUCCUGUCCAUUAACAGCUACGAAGAUGAUGAAAAUAUGUCUUAUACUGCACAGAGAGGAAACAUUAAUAAAAGUUAUUGGGCAUUUUGGAGGUUUGCAUGCAAAAAAACAACAAAAAAACCCAACGCGAUAAUGCAUGUGUGAAACACCAAAGUGUGACUCUGUAAAAAUCACUAACGCUCUUGACUUUGUGGUCUCUUUAAGUCAGGGAUGUAUUUUCUAAAGCAUGGCUAGAUAUCUGUGUCUUUUGUUUGAACUUAAAAUGUGUAAAAGAAACAAAACAAACCCCACCAUGAGCUGCUGAAGCCUGGUCCGGGUCAGUUCACUUUACCAAGCAUGUGACUUUCUCACAUUUUUGCACAUUUAUGAGAAUGAAGAGCUCGUCCCAUUGCUUUUCAUCACCGAUGGAAGGCAUCAAAAGGUUUAAAAACAAAGACGAGACCUGCGUCACCCAGACAAGAAACGCCAAGUGGUGAAAACUUGAAGUGCAACUGGAGUGUUUUUGUUCAAAUGCAGUGGAAAGGUUUUAGUUGUAUUGUUUCUGCAGGGGAUUUUAUUUGUUUCUUCAAAUCUCCAGCCUUCUUACUGUUGAAUGUUCCGGCAGCAGAGCCACACGCUGGCCUGCCGCUGGAUUGACUUCUUACCUUUGAUUCCAUCUGGUGACUUAACUAUCAUGGAGGGGGAGUUGUUGAAUUUCAGUUGAUUUUAGCUGAUUUUUUUUUUGCGUGUUUUGUUUGAAAAGACAGGAGAGUCCGACAUUGCACAGAACUUGCACAUAAUACAGAAGAAAAAGAAGUUUAGUUUUGAGACAAUAAAAAAAAAAACUGUGGAUAUUUAUUUCUAUUUGGAUUUUGUUUUCUUUGCUAUAACGGGACACUUUUCACUUCCAAAAUCAAAACUUGUUUUAACUGCUGUUACGGGAGGCGAAAUAUAUUGUGUCGUUGCAU